GUACCGCAGUGUCUGCUCCGCCCGCCCGCCCCGGGCCGGCCCGCCCCCCUCCCCCGCCCCCGCCCCCGGUCCCGUCGGCGGGGCCCGGAACCCACUGUGCCGUCGCCUCCCUUUUUCGACGCCUCCGCCGCCGCCUGAGGAGGCGAGCUCGCCGGGAGUUACACCGCCACCGCCAGGAUGGAUAGGAUGACAGAAGAUGCUCUUCGCCUGAACCUGUUGAAGCGGAGCUUGGACCCGGCAGAUGAGCGAGACGAUGUCCUGGCUAAGCGACUCAAAAUGGAGGGGCACGAGGCCAUGGAACGCCUGAAGAUGCUGGCGCUGCUCAAACGGAAGGAUCUGGCGAAUCUCGAUGUGCCACAUGAGUUGCCCACCAAACAGGAUGGCAGUGGUGUCAAGGGCUAUGAAGAGAAACUCAAUGGGAAUCUCAGGCCUCAUGGCGACACCAGGACUGCUGGAAGGCCAGGCAAAGAAAACAUCAGCGAUGAGCCUGUGGAUAUGAGUGCCAGGCGGAGUGAGCCAGACCGUGGGAGGCUGACUCCCUCCCCAGACAUCAUUGUUUUAUCUGAUAAUGAGGCUUCCAGUCCCCGCUCCAGCUCCCGAAUGGAAGAAAGACUCAAAGCAGCCAACCUAGAGAUGUUUAAGGGGAAAGGCAUUGAGGAGCGGCAGCAGCUCAUCAAGCAGCUGAGGGACGAGCUGCGAUUGGAAGAAGCCCGGCUGGUGCUGCUGAAGAAGCUGCGGCAGAGCCAGCUCCAGAAGGAGAACGUAGUCCAGAAGACCCCGGUUGUGCAGAACGCGGCGUCCAUCGUGCAGCCAUCUCCUGCCCAUGGGGGACAGCAGGGCCUGUCCAAGCUUCCCUCCCGGCCUGGGGCCCAAGGGGUGGAACCACAGAGUCUGAGAACAUUACAGGGUCACAGUGUCAUCCGCUCCGCGACCAGUACCACCCUCCCACAUAUGUUGAUGUCCCAACGUGUUAUUGCACCAAACCCAGCCCAGCUACAGGGUCAGCGGGGCCCACCUAAGCCUGGCCUUGUACGCACCACAACACCCAACAUGAAUCCUGCCAUCAAUUACCAACCGCAGUCGAGUUCUUCUGUUCCCUGCCAGCGCACAACAUCCUCUGCCAUCUAUAUGAACCUCGCCUCCCACAUGCAGCCGGGGACUGUGAACAGGGUGUCCUCACCCCUGCCGAGCCCCAGCGCCAUGACCGAUGCCGCCAACUCCCAGGCUGCCGCCAAACUGGCUCUCCGCAAACAGCUGGAAAAGACCCUCCUGGAGAUUCCGCCGCCUAAACCUCCUGCUCCCCUGCUCCACUUCCUGCCUAGCGCGGCCAACAGCGAGUUCAUCUACAUGGUGGGCUUGGAAGAAGUCGUACAGAGUGUCAUCGACAGCCAAGGCAAAAGCUGUGCCUCACUCCUGCGGGUCGAACCCUUUGUUUGCGCCCAGUGCCGCACAGAUUUCACCCCUCACUGGAAGCAAGAGAAGAAUGGUAAGAUUCUGUGUGAGCAGUGUAUGACCUCCAACCAGAAGAAGGCUCUAAAGGCCGAACACACCAACCGGCUGAAAAAUGCUUUUGUUAAAGCCCUACAGCAGGAACAGGAAAUCGAACAGCGACUACAGCAGCAGGCAGCCCUUUCCCCCACUGCGGCUCCGGCCGUGUCCAGUGUCAGUAAACAAGAGACCAUCAUGAGACAUCAUACGCUUCGGCAGGCUCCACAGCCCCAGAGCGGCCUCCAGCGCGGCAUACCCACAUCUGCCCGUUCCAUGCUCUCCAACUUCGCGCAGGCGCCCCAGCUGUCUGUGCCUGGUGGCCUCCUCGGGAUGCCAGGUGUCAACAUUGCAUACUUGAACACCGGCAUCGGAGGACACAAAGCUCCCAGUUUGGCAGACAGACAGCGGGAGUACCUUUUAGACAUGAUCCCUCCCCGGUCUAUAGCGCAGUCCAUCAGCGGGCAGAAAUAACGCCUGUCCACGUGCACUGCCCCAGCCUUGAACCCUUUACCCCUCCUCUCCCAUUGCCCCCAACUUCCGUCGCAUGCAGUGCCUGUACUGGUGCCUACCAUACACGGAAAACAAAACAGAAAACAGAAGACAAACCUAGAAAUCAACAGGAAAACGCGCCUGCCCUGCCCGCCACCCCUCUCUCACUGCUGCGAUUCUGCCGCUCUUGUCUUCUCUCCGGUUUUCUUUCACAGUGAGGCGCUCUUCACCUCGGAUGAGGUCAGAGUGAGGUCCUGGGGAGAGAGAAAUCUAAGCCCUCUGACGUGUGUUUCUAAAGUUUUUAUCCUCUAAUUAUUAUCAUUUUUAAUGAUGUUGUGUGUCCUCCCCUUUGUUCAGUGGACGGUUAAACCUUUUUAUUUUCUCAAUAUUUUUCUUUUUCUCUUCUUUUUUUUUUUUUUUUUCUUUUUUGUAAACACAGAUGACAUUCAGAUAAAUGACAGGAGCAUUGCAGGGGGUCCCCAAGCAGAUAUGACUGGCAACGUUGGGGGCAGAAGUUUUUAAUGCACUUAACCUGGGGGUGGGACACGGUGAUGGCAUCAGAUAGGGAGGACAUCAGCCCUUGGUGUCUCUGGGCUGGACAGUCUGGGAGGUGGUGUUUUGUACUGAAGUUGGGCUCUAAGAAUGAGGGGAAUGAGCCUGGAGGGAGAAGCUUUAAAAUGUAACCACCACGGAAUUGACCCACAGAGAAAGGGGAGAGGGACAUGGGGACAAGUAUAGUGCUGAGCCAAGGAGGACGGAGGCUGGUGUUGGCCUCCUGGAUGCUCUCCUGGUCCCAGUGGAGAUAGAGGUCUAUUCCAGGUCAACUAGCCCAAAAUUAUUUCACCUUACUUUCUUUGUAAAAUCCCCCCCCCCACCUUUUUAAUCCUGAUCUGCUCCUGGUAAACUCAGUCCCCAAGUCCCGUCUAUAAGUCUAUAAUCCGGGAGGCGUAGCUGUUCCCAGCCUGAGUUAGCCGGUGUCCUGGGAGCUGGGCGGGACAUACUGAGUGAGACAGAGAAGGGAAGAGAGAAGGGCUUUCUCUCCCAGCAGGUGAGACCCCAUCUGUGUGUCCCACCCUCCAGCCAGGAGGAGGGAACAGGGAUGCCUCACCAGCUUGGAGUCCUGCCCUGGUCUGCUGUCCUGAGUGCAGAACCCACUGCUCAGAGCCACACAACUCUGGUCAAAGCCAGCUCUGGGUCUCGGCUGCAAAAGUAGUUGUGGUGUCCCCCUCCCCAACCCAUCUCCAGAAAUCUAUUAAUUUUCCUUUUUUGUUAUUUUCAGCUUUUUCUUGAGCGCUACUAAUGUAGGGAAUGAACUGAAUUGUGCAAUGUUGCUGUUCUGGGGAUAAGAGAGGUUAGCACCCCAUCUGCCCACACCGUGGGGGAAGCAAGAGGGGGACCAGGCUGUCUCUGAGGUAAAGGAAGCCCCUAAAAGGCAGGGGUUUCUGCUCUCCCGCAACACUCACCUGCCUCUCCAGCUCUAGAAGCUGCCAGAGUACAGGAAAGGGAUACACUGAGCAGAGACGUGUGAAGAGGAGUUUAGAAUUUUGCCCUUGAAAGCCACCUGGGAAAGUUCCCCCACUUUUAUUUUAAAAAAUUAAAUAAUGUUUUUAAAGUAAGAAGGCACUUUUAAAAUUAACACACACACAAACUGCACAUCUUGCCCAUAAAGUUUGUGGGUCAGUGGGGAGAAGGAGCUGGAAUCAGGCUCAGUCCCCCCCUCCCCAUACCCCAGAGCCACUGUGGGUUACUCUACUGGCCCUACGGGCCUUCCUGGGUUUUUUCUUUCCUCCCUUCCCCCAAAUUCAUUGAGCACUUAAUAAAGGAGCAGAGAUACAGCCUGUGUCUGGGCUCCCCCAGUGGUGAAGUGAUCUGAAGCUAGAUGCUAGUAACAGAUAGUGAUGGGCUGUUUGGAGUAUUUUUCUGGGGCCUGUGGUGCCCCUGACUGUAAGUGGGGGAGAGGGGGGAUUAUGAAACUGGGUCUGGGGUUAUUUUAAAAUUAUAUAUAUAUAUAUACAUAUAUAUAUAAAAAGAUAUAUUCUUACAUCUUUGCCCUCUGUGCUUUGAAAGCACUGGAUAAAUCGUUUGGUUUUGCUUUUCUCUCUUCCACGAAAUUGGAAGCUUUUUUAUUAUUUUUUUUCUUUUUGUUUUUUGUUGUUUUUUAAAUUUUCCCUGCAAAUCACCUUGCCUUGUGGCAUGUCUGUCUAGCCUCUUCCGCCCCACCCGCCAUGACAAAGUGCCAUUUCUGUCAUGUCUCCCCUCCCCCAGCUCGGAGGUACCAGGUGCCCAAGUUUGUCAGUUGAGAUUAAAAGUAAGGAACAGAGAAUGUGCAAUACCGUCUGGUUGGGGGCCAUCCCUGCCCUGAGCUGAGUCUCCUCCCUGGGACCCAGGCCACCUGUGAUGGGGUUUGGAAGUAGGAAGUGUAGACGAGGGGGAGCCAUGGGGAACGCCCAGCCUAGUGCCUGGCCCCAGCCUAGUGCCUGGCGGGGUGCUGAGGCGGUGGGGGGGAUGGUGGGGGUGGGCUGGGGGUGGGCAGAGCGGGAGCCUUCCCAGUUUCUCCCCUCAGGCUCAGUCACCUAGAGGCUGCUCAAUGACUAGUUUAGCUCCGUGACCCUUUGCUCAAUCGCUGGUGUUUGAUUUCUCACUUCUCCCCAUUUCCAUACCCUUCCCUGGGAUUAGCGAUGGGGGUGAGUUUUCCUUAAUCAUGGUGAAGUACCAGCCUUUCACCUCCUCUUGCUCCCGCCCUGUCCUGUCUUCCUUACUUCUUGAGUUUUUCAUCACUGAUCACCUUGUGUCCCUCUCAGUCUCUUGUCGCUGUCCAUCCCCAGGCUGAGCCCGUACACACUAACCCUCGUGCCUAAAGAUAGGAAGAAAGGCGACCCCCUGUUCAGAGCGGUCCUCCACCCCAGUGCUCUGAAGCUCAGGGGGAUGGCUAGAGCGAGGGCCCCCGCUGGCUCUGCCAGGCUACCCCCCCCCCCCCCCGCAUCCAGAGGCUCUGAAAGUAGUCGCUUGUGGCCGGUGGCUUCCUCCCUAGACGCCUGAAACGGGUAGAUGAGCGGUGGGGGGGGGGGGGGGGUGUAAGGCUGAGGGACAGGGGUCCUCCUCAUUUGUAGAUUAUUUUUUUUUUAAUUUUUAUUUGCUAUUUUUGUCAUUUGACCACAGCAUCUGGACUUUCUCCAUCCCUGGAAUAAGUAUUUUUUCCACAUUUUUGGAUGUAUGUAUGGUAGACAAUUUUUUUUAAGACACAAAGAUAAAUGUUUUCCUGCUUUGGUUACCUUUCCUUUCCCCCUUUAAAAGGAAUUAGCUAUAGAACUGCUUUGUAAAGAUGCUUCUUGGUAUUUUACUUUCGUUCCUUUCCCCAACCACUCCUUCCCCCAGACCCCUGCAGAAGGCAUAACCCUUCUCUCCACACCCCACCCACCCAGCCCUAGGCUCCCCUGCCCUCCAACAAGACUUUCAUUAGCUUAUGAUACUUGCUGCCGAGAUGUUAUAACAAGGACUCAUUCGUGUAUAUAAGCUAUUUCUUGAUCCAUUUAAAAGGAAUUGUACAUUGUGUAGAAAAAAAAAAAAAAACUGAAAAAGAGAAAAAAAAGCCCUCGCCAUGGAUAUUGUGAAACUGUGUUACGUCGUUUUGUAAUGUGCCCGUUUGUGUAUGAUCCGUGUGCAAAAGGGUUUCUGGGGAAGGGGCGGGGGUAGGGAGGCAGGGCUGUGGAGGCCGGGGCGGGGAGUGGGCCGGGCCCAGCACGCGGAGACUGGCAGCUGCCCCCACCCCAUCCCUCCCGAGAGACGCCACCUCCCCCACCACCCACCCCGAUUUGUGCCUUGCCCCCCCCGCCCUGGAGUAGCCCCUCCGGGUCACCAGCACUGCCUUGGCAGAGCCCACCCCCGACCCUAAGCCGCCCGCCCCCCCGCCCCCAGCAUUCGGCGGAUACUGCGGGGAGGUGCUGGGGGCUGGGGGGCAGCCGGGGAGCGGGGCAGCUCCCGGGGGCAUUGAAACCAAGUAUUCUUAUGAAUUGUAAUUGUAUUUGCACUGUUUUUUUCCUCUGACUGCAUCAGCAUAUAUACAAUAUACCUAUAUAACAAAA